GCGUCAUCCACAUGAGCCGACACGGAACUAGCAGAGAGCUGCCCGACCCGUUAGUGAUGGUGGUGAAGACAUCUCCAUAAAUGCCCCUUUAACCGCAUCUCCGCAGGGGGAUUAUAGCACCACAGCAUGGCGAGGAUCUCGGUGAACUACAUCCUACUGUGCGGACAGUUCCUGCUGCUGCUGACGGUGUUAUUUCUACAAUGUCUGGAGGGGAUUCACUCCCACAACUCGACCACCGCUGCAGCGGUAGACGCAGCAAACGCGACGCCCGGAGCGACCGCAUCCGCCGCCGCCGCCUCUGCCGCUGCCUCCACCGCGCUGCCACCCGACAAUACGACGACCCCCGUCCUGGCAACGGACCGGGGCAUCAACAACACGGAGUAUGAGUACCGACCCCCGUCCCCGGUGGUCCUCUGCAGCUUUCUGCCGGAUGAGUUCGUCCACUGCCAGGACCCUGUGGACCACGGCCUGAACGCCAGCGCCUUCCAGGAGCUGGGGCACGGCUGCCUAGGGUGGGGGGGCCAGACCCAGAAGGAGGUGAACCUCACGGAGGUGAUCUGCAUGGCGCUGGAAAACAUUGAGUGUGCCGGGCCCCGGGAGUUCCGAAGGGGCAACGUGCCCUGCAUCAAGUACACAGGCCACUACUUCAUCACUACCCUUCUGUACUCCUUCUUUUUGGGGUGCUUCGGCGUGGACCGCUUCUGCCUGGGCCACACGGGCACGGCGGUGGGCAAGCUGCUCACCUUGGGGGGGCUGGGCAUCUGGUGGUUCGUCGACCUCAUCCUGCUCAUCACCGGCGGCCUAAUGCCGAGCGACUACAGCAACUGGUGUACCUACUACUGAAGGCCGGUCGCCGACGUCGCCAGCCCCUUUGACACGUCCCUGUAAACCAGCCCCAACUGUCCCCAUAAACCAACUCCCAGCAGUCCCUGUUAACAACCCACCCCCUCCAUAAACCAUCUCUCAACUGUCACGGUAAACCAGACCCAUUGGUCCCUAUAAAGCAGACCCAUUAAAGCAGACCCAUUGGUCCCUAUAAAGUAGACCCAUUGGUCCCUAUAAAGCAGUCCCAUUGGUCCCUAUAAAGCAGACCCAACAGUCCCUAUAAAGCAGACCCAUUGGUCCCUAUAAAGCAGACCCAUUGGUCCCUAUAAAGCAGACCCAACAGUCCCUAUAAAGCAGACCCAUUGGUCCCUAUAAAGCAGACCCAACAGUCCCUAUAAAGCAGACCCAUUGGUCCCUACAAAGCAGACCCAUUGGUCCCUAUAACCCAACCCUAACUGUCCCUCUAAUCCAGCACCAGGUCCUGUUAACCAAUCCUAAAUGUCCCUGUUAACCACCCACGACUGUCCCUGUUAACCAACCCUACCUGUCCCUGUUAACCACCCAGAACCGUCCCUGUUAACCGUCCCUGUUAACCACCCAGAACUGUCUCCAUGAACCAUGAAGCCAGGGUAGUGUGGGGAGGAAGCUGUUUCUUAACACUCCAGCACUUUCAGCUUUUCUUUUAAUUGUGUUCCUGCGCUGCACCCCAGCAGACUGUAUCUGAGCUGCCACAGAUGUCUGGCGGUGUUGGGAGGACUCUGACGCUCUUCUUGUUUGGUUUCAGUCCAAGCCAAGCCUCCCUGCUCCGCUGGUUGUGUUCUGUGUAUAUAUUGUCACUGGCAGGUAGUGACGCACCCAAAGACAUCACUCACAGACCCACGCUUUAGUGUGUGUGUGUGUGUGUGUGUGUGCCCGUGUGCCCGUGUGCCCGUGUGCCCGCCUGUCACUGGAGGCCAGAAGGUGUUGCUUCCAGCAGUGGAAUGAUAUCAAACCCUGAUGGAAGCCAAGCCCGUGAACAUGUCUGAACUCGCAACCACGUAACGGCCCCCCCGGGCUUCUGAGAGCAGCCGAGUUGUAAAUGCUUUGCUCCAAACUGUACUCUCCUUUUACAUGACCCCUUUCUGCCAAGACGAAUCCAUCAGUACCGUUGUAGAUAAGACGAUAAGGAUGAAAGCCAAGUUGAGCUUUAUUUUUCUCUACGUAUCCAGAGUUGGGUGAACCCAUGCUAACUCACUGUAGCUCACUGUGUAACAGUUAGCCUUAUUUCCCUCAGUAGGCCGUAGGUCCCAUCAACAAGAGAGAAAUGUUGUCAAGAAACACCUUGAAUGUUACCACAUUCAUAUAUAUACAAACCGAUUGGCUUGAAAUGAUUUUUCAUCUUUAGGAUCAGCCUCGUCUUUCCUGCAGCAGGUUAGGUGAUGGGCUGACAUUUCCCCUAUGGACUCAACCCUUACCAUGGCGUGCUUGAUUCGGUGACACGUUAUCGAGUUUCCAGGUGGACCACUUGAUGUCCAUUUUAUCCACUUCAUGGGACGAAAUGAGUCCAUGAGCUGCCUCAAACCGGAUCGAACCACCCUUAACGGCACCCAUGGGUCUGCCCCUCCACAAGCACCCAUCUGAAGACUUUCACGGUGGCCCAAGAAAGCCAUGUAAAAAAGUUACGAUGUAUAUAAAGUUCCUCGCCGUUCGUUUGGAUUUGUUAUUGCCAUGUUUCAGGUUGUUUGAUUCGGUUGGUUAUUGUGUGUGAAAUAGGAGCCAAGUCACCAUUAAACAUUCAUGUCCUGAAA